AUGGAUAAUGACAAUGGGGAGCGAUUCCUGCAGAUGGUGGUCCCAUUGUUUUCCAUGAGUGGUGUUUGUGUUGCCUUCAUCGAAAAGAUCCCUGAACUAGCUCAUGGCAGGGAUAUGAAAAACAUCAUGGAGAAGGGGGCAAAAAUACGUGAUAAUAUUGCGGACAGCACAGCCAAUGUAUUGGUGGCCAAUGGAGAAUCGUAUUCCAUGGCAUUUUUUAGAUUCUUACCAUAUCUCUCAGAACGAGGCUAUGUGGAAAAUACACCAAUUGGUAAAGUAAUAAUUUUGACAGCUCAGGUGGAGCUCACGUCAUUUGUCUCUCAAAGCAAUUGGAACAUAGACUUUUUCCAUGGUGCUCUUACUUUCACAAUUCAAUCUAAUGAUGUCCCAGGAUUUCAAGAAUUCCUUAAAGCACAAGACCCUUCCAGUCCAAAAGGAGAUGGUUUUCUUAGGUCCUUCUGGCAAAACGCUUUCAUCUGUGUAUUUCGAGAUCCAUUUCUGGGCAAUGCAGAUGGGAAUAUGUGCACUGGGGAUGAGAAGUUGGAGAGUCUUCCAGGGUCAUUCUUUGAAAUGAGUUUGACCGGCCACAGCUACAAUGUCUACAAUGCUGUCCAUGCGGUGGCCCAUGCCUUGCAUGCCAUGACUUUAUCUAGUCUGAACAACAGAGGAAUGGUGACCAGAGGUGGACUGACAUUUCAGAGCCAAGUACAGUGGCAGCUCCAUCAUUUUCUGAAGCUUGUUUCAUUUAACAAUAGUGCUGGGGACCAGGUUUCUUUUAACCAGAAUGGAGAGUUAGUAACUGGAUUUGAUGUGAUCAACUGGAUUGCCUCCUCAAACCAAUCCUUUGGAAGGGUGAAAGUUGGUAGGAUGGAUGCCAAGGCUGCUGCAGUCCAAGCAUUCACCAUCAGUCCAGAAGCCAUAACAUGGAACAGUUGGUUUAAUCAGGCACAGCCUCUAUCUGCAUGCAGUGAGAGCUGUAAUCCUGGUUCUAGGAAGAAGGUCAAGGAAGGGGAGCCAUUUUGCUGUUACGAUUGCAUCCCAUGCCCCAAAGGGAAGAUUUCAGGCAAGAAGGAUAUGACUUACUGUUAUUCAUGUGAAGAUGAAAAGUACCCAAGCAAGCACCAGGAUUUCUGCAUCCUCAAGUCUGUUAACUUCUUUUCUUAUGAAGAACCUUUGGGCAUCAUUUUAACCUCUUUCACUAUUCUCUUCUGCUUGAUCACGGCUUUGGUGCUAGGAAUUUUUCUGAAGCAUCACGAGACGCCCAUCGUCAAAGCCAACAACCGGCACCUCACCUACACUCUCCUCCUCUCCCUCCUGCUCUGCUUCCUCUGCACACUGUUCUUCAUUGGUCAGCCACACCAGGUGACAUGUCUCCUGCGACAAACUGCUUUUGGCCUCAUCUUCUCAGUGGCUGUUUCUUGUGUGCUCACAAAGACAGUCAUGGUGGUUUUGGCCUUCAGGGCCACCAAACCUGGAUGCACAAUGAGGAAAUGGAUGGGGAAGAGCCUGGUCAACACCCUCCUUCUUUCCUGCUGUCUUCUUCAGGCAGUCAUCUGCCUGAUCUGGUUGGCAACUUCUCCUCCUUUUCCAGAUAUUGACAUGCAUUCAGUGGCUGAAGAAAUCAUCCUGGAAUGCAAUGAGGGAUCCAUGAUGAUGUUCUAUUGUGUCCUGGGCUAUCUGGGCUUCCUGGCAAUGGUCAGCUUCAUGGUGGCUUUUCUUGCCAGGAGGCUGCCGGACAGUUUCAAUGAGGCCAAGUUCAUUGCUUUCAGCAUGUUGGUCUUUUGCAGUGUGUGGUUAUCCUUUGUGCCUUCCUACCUGAGCACCAAAAGGAAAUGCUUGGUGACUGUAGAGAUCUUUUCUAUCUUAGCCUCCAGUUCUGGCUUGCUGGUUUGCAUCUUCUUCCCCAAAUGUUACAUCAUUUUGCUGAGACCUGAGUUGAACAAGAAGGAACAUCUAAUAAGGAGAACAACUUGA